CGUUAGUUUUAUUUUUGUCGUCUGUUAUUCUAAGCUAAAAGUAUCAGUUCGCACAAGCUGCUUGUUUCUUUUUCAACAGUUGAUUCUUGUUUCACUUGCUGAUAGGUACUAAAUUUUUACAUCAGUGUAAUUCCAGUAAUAAGAAUGACUCGAAAUCCUUUGAUUUUAUUCGUAGUGCUGAUUUCUUGCUCAGUAAGUUCCAUCGGUUUGGAAAUUCCAUACAGAAACAACUCGCUUUUAACACUUUGCAUAAAUCAUCACGAGAAAAACUUCACCAUACCUUGUUCCGAUGUAGAUGAAGUAGAAUGGCUGAUCAACACCAAUACGAAAGCGAAAAAUUUCAUACAAGUGUUGGCACCAAAUAAGAAAAAUGUCGUAAUCAAGGAUGCCAACAUGUGGGAUACUGGAGUUUAUAAAUGCUUCUCGAAAAAUAACCCCGCAGUGUUUAUGAAGGUUGUUCUUCGCGUUCAGUACAGAAGCAACCACCUUCCCUUCAUCUGUUUAGUCUGUCAUUUAUACCUGCACUCAAUUCUUCCAGUUUCUACCCAUGCAUUCCUCGUCUCCAAAAGUGAAAUACACAAACGGGUUUCCAACAGGGUCGUACGUAUUAGUACUUUACUGGGUAUUUGCCCAGCUAAAGAUGGAUGACCAUCAUUACCAUCAACACUCAUCUGAGGUACAUUAUGUCAUUCUAGUUGGAAAUAAUAAACGAAAAACAAUUCAAUCAAAGAUCCACAAUGAACAAAGUUUGUUUUAAAAUACUUUUUAUUUUAUGUAUUUGCCCAUUUAGCCACGUAAAAUCUUGCAUUUUUUGAACUGUAGGUCAAAAAAGUCCCUAUUAAUGUUCCUAUGUUUGAGAAAAAGUCGCUGAGAUGGGAAUUUUUUCGACCCCCAGUGCAAUAUUUUAUCGAGCUAAGUAAUUGCAAUUCAUUUCAUUUUUUUAAUUUACUAAUUUUUCAUUUAUUUAUUUAUUUAUUUUUCAUGAUGGCGUGUUUUUUGGUGAAAGAGAGGAAGGAAAGGGAGAGAAAAUCUAUUUUGGAACUACAAAAAAUUUAUCCGCUUACGAGUAUUUGAAAACCCAAAAAUUGUAGAAAACUGGUUUCGAUGAGCGUGCUAGAAAAAAUUUUCAAGGCCAAAGGUCACUGCCAACAACAAAAAAAAGAAAAAGAAAAAGGGCAACCAAAAAAUUAAAUUUUACCUCGGUUCAAUUUCCAGUAAAAAAAAACAAAUAUUUUUGGCAGGAAAAUGUGAAUCAUUCUAGAAUUGGUCACAUUUCAAUUGAUUAAAUUAUCUAAAUGCUAUAGGUAUUAAAAUUUAUCUGAAGCACCAUGAAAAAAAAACUAAUUAAUUUUUUUGAAAUCUCCGUUUUUAAAUCAAAAAUAAUUUAUACGAAGCUGAAAAAUAAAAGUCGAAGUAAAUGAAUUUGAAAAACUGAAGUCAUAAAUUCUCAAUGUGAGAAUGCUACCUACGUUGCGAAAAAGCUCUUCCUCUGACGUUUUUGCCAAUUGAUCUGUUAUAUUAAAUUCUGUAGGUACUUAUUAGCUUGUGAUGUUCUCCAAGAAGUCAAAAAUGCCUAUACUCAGGACUUUCUCUCUUUCAGACAGUCAAUUCAGUUGUACGAAUGCAUUAACUUACGAUUGGAUAAUUAUUGUGUAAGCUGUAAAACGUAUUUUUACUUUCACCUAACGCCAUAAAUGGCGAUAAAUAAAACAUCAGUUAAACUUA